GCCCGUCGACACGAAAAACAUAUUCUUUCACAGCAAGUUUCCAUGGAGGCCAGAGCAAAAUUUAAACAGGAGAAGAGAGCAUUAAAGCUAACCACAAUAAUCCUAGUGACAAUUUUUCUGUGUUUAUUUUUGCCCUCGAUUUCCAUGCUUAUCACAUGGCACAUUUUUGGCGAAGCAGUUUCACCUGGUAUUAAAGCAGUAGUUCGUCAUCUUGGUUUUGUGCCGGCGAUAGUCAAUUCAGUUCUUAACCCAGUUAUUUACACUGUGAGGAAGAGACAGUUUCGAACUGCUUUUAUUGAGUUGCUUUUAAAUAAAAGUUUACAAGAAACUGAAGAAUUUGGAAUGAGACUGUUUGGAUCGCCAAACAAUGCUGUGAGACAAAAUGAACAAGAAGACGAAGGACGGCAACAGAAUGCCAACAAAAGAAAUGUAGUCCGCACUGAAGGGAAUCUUGAAAAUGUCCCUGAGGUCGUCGCUUCUCACUCUAAUUUCGAUGACAAAGACAUUACCGCUACACAGAACGAAUGUCCUUCCUCAAAGGCACUCACAAGCACAUCCAGAAAGACAAAGCAAGUACGUGGCGAGGGAAAUGCCCUGUCUACGAAGAAAAUAAGCAAGAAGACGACAUUGAACCAAUGUCGCCAAAAAUAAGCCGUUGUAGCGAAGUAGUAACGCAGCCAGAAUUUGAAGAGACAUCCCUUUGAAUCAAAGAUUGCGCUGUUCGUUUGGUUGAUAUUAGACUUAAGGAAAUUUUUUUUUCCGGCCGUAUGCGAGACCAGAAUUGCACUUCAGCGGUAGCUUGGUAAACCAACCCAAGCGAGCAGCGAGGCUGUUUUUACAUGAAGUAUGCAUUUUGUGACUGAGUUGCUCUGUAAAAUCAAACAAAGACCGGGUUUACAUACGCUUUUAGUUCAAGAUUUUUACUUUAUUCGUUCAUCGGCCAGAGAAACAUUGCAUGUCAAUAAAGUGUGUAUGCCAGCAAAUUAUUUAUGUGAAUUGUGUGGGGAUAACGAUAGCGAAAUUAAAGUACAUGUGUAGUUAAUUUUUACAGCUUUUUAUCCAACGGAACGAGAUAAUGCGAUGAUUCACAACAAAACGGAAAUAAUUUGAAAAAAAUAAACGUUUCUCGUCUCGUUUGUAUUUAAAGGGUAAACGAAUAUUCUUGGCAAGUACUUCUAAGAGUGUCAGUGGCAAAGAAUUUCUUUUAAUUAUAAGCAGUAGCCAUUAGAUUACGGAGCAGUUUGAGUUCAUUUACAUAAGUAGAAUUCUACUUGUAUACUAAUGCAAAUGCUGCUAGUUGAUUGGCUGAGCUACUCGUACACUAUUUAACAAAUAGAAAACGAUGAGAGAACCAACCAACACAGCUGAGUGGCUAGUAACAGCCAUUAUCAUCACAUGCAUUUUUUGGUCCUUUCCAUUGGCCGAGAGCCUACCUCGUGACCUGCAAAUAACUGCCUACAAAUAAUGGUCUGGUCAUGCGUAGUACCGUUUAAACGUGUUUUGCUUCAAAUAAUAUUCUGCUCAUGCGUAAUUGAAACUACGCUCUCGGGUGAAAAUGGCAGAUCGCUUCCCUGAGCUGUCAGAGAGUGAUUUAAAUAUGAAAACAAACUUGGUUAGCGAAUGAUAACACAAUUAUUGGUCUCGAUUAUCACAAAAUAUUGUGAUUUGUCAGUGUCUCUGCUCGCCACUGACAAAUCACGAUAUUUUGAUCGACCUCGUCCAAUAGUUGCUAAUUAAUGUGCAGUGGCCCGUUUCUCUGAAGUUUUGAGAAAGAUUUAGAAAUAUCACUGGGAAAUUCAAUUCCUAAAAACAAGCGUCUUUUAAACCUCAAAAUUUUUCAAUGAAGAGAGGAGAGCUUGUCAACACCUGCAAGAUUGAAACAACAAUUCAAUCCGCGCGCAUUUUUGCUAAAGCGUCAACUUAAAUUCUACACGCUAUGUAGAGCAAAAAUAAUUGGCAAUCGUUAUUUGAAAAUAAAUUAAGUCAGAAUUCUUCUACAACAAUAUUAGAUUAUUCAUUCGAGAUUUCUAGGAGGUCAUAAUUGACGAGGCCGAAGACACACUGGGGAAACAGCUGGUUUUCGCAGUGGAAAUUGUUACCGCGCAGUUUAUAUUUGAACCGGGCCACUUGGAAGAAAACUGACCAAUCAAAACGUUCAUUGUGAACAAUGAAAAGAGAUCUGUUUCAUAAACAGAUUCUCUCAAUUUAAAGAAUAAUUUCCGGAAUUUCCCUCUGUUUUGUUAUGCUCUUUCUUAUAUAAGUGAAGAAUUGUCUCCUUCUGGCGCGAAGAUUUGCACCGAUAUUUGUCCACGGGCAUUAUCUGGUCCUAGAAGCGAACAGUUACGCUCGAGGAAAACUGUGAGCUUUGAGGAACGGAUAAUGGUCAAGGACAAAUAUCCGAGCAUAUUUUUGCGCCAAAUGGAGGCUAUUGUGUUUGUUAUCCUUCAUAUGGCACACUUAAUGCAGAAAUGAUAUUAGCAUCCAACAUACGGCUUGUACUGAAUUUUAUACGGUUUAGAUAAAAUCAUAAUUGUAUUUACAAGUUUUCAAUUCACAA